CCAGUGAUACAAGUUCCCAUACCUCUACUUGUUUGUUAUACUGGUACGUUAGAAAUAUUGGAAUACCUCAUCCAAAAUAAAAUUUGCUCACAAAAGGACCUCAUUUCGGAUUAUCAACUCUUUGAUGAAAGAGCUUCCCCAUUAAUGGUGACCAGUAUGAAUGGAUAUUGCGGUUUUGUUCGUUAUUUACUUCAACAAGGGGCAUCUGUGAACUUUCAGAAUCAAGAUGGCAUUUCACCUCUUCAUGAAGCUUGUCAGGGAAGACAUUGUGAAGUAAUAAAGAUAUUACUUUCCAAUGAUGCUAAUGUUAAUUUAAAAGAUAUCGAUGGAGAAACGCCCCUUUCCCUCGCCUGUAAACAUGAUUUCAUAGAAAUUGUUGACCAACUCUUAUGUAAUGGAGCAGACAUUAAUUUACAAGACUCCCUGGGAUUGACACCAAUACAUAAGUCUAUAUCUGAAGGGCACAUAAGGACUGUUCAAUCCCUUAUUGAAAGAGGAUGUGAUAUUAACAUAACUUCUAAGAGAGGUGAUACUCCUUUUACUCUGGCUUGCUAUUUUGGAGAUCGUGCUAUCGUGGAAUUGUUUAUUAAGAAAGGAAUAAACAGGCAACAAUUACAGGAUGGGAUGCAGAAAGCAUGCGUAAAAGGAUAUAAAACUAUAAUUUCAAUACUUUUGCAGCACGGAGCGGAGAUAAAUUCUAAAAAUACUCAAGGUCUUUCAGCUCUCCACAUUAGCUGUGCACAAAACAAUUCAGAUCUUGUUAGUUAUCUUUUCUCAAAGGGGGCGCUUGCAAAUAUUCCAUCAGACGAUAAACAAACACCUCUUCAUUUUGCAGCAAAGCAUUUGUCGGUAAAAUGUUUAUCAGUUCUUUUAGAAAACAAGGCAGAAAUAAAUGCAGUUGAUAACAAAGAAAGAACAGCUCUUCAUUAUUCUUUAACAGAUUCUGAUGUAUACUUUAAGAAGAAAGUGGAAAUGAAAAAUGAACAUGAAAGAGGAAGAGAAAAUGAUAUCUUACAGGAUUUAAUCUUUGAUGAAGAAAUAACAGCAACUAACCUGACAACAAACAGUAGAUAUUUUCCCGUCAAUAAUGAGUCUGAAAAAAAUCCUCAUUCUGACCAAGAAGUUCUUAAGAAGGUUAAAAAAAUUACAGAUAUUCUUAUUGAGAAUAAAAUCGAUCUAAAUAUAGCAGACAUCGAUGGCCGUUCACCCAUACAUACAGCAUGUUCAGGAAAUUAUCCGGAAAUUGUUAAAACACUUAUUCAUAAUAAAGUAAAUGUGAAUACAUUCGACAAAGAUAAUUGCAAUCCUCUGCAUACAGCAUGCGAAAAAUGCCACUUCCUUUCAGUUCAAUUGCUUGUAAAGAACGGAGGAAACAUCAAUGCUACAAAUUCAAAAGGUUCCAGUCCACUUCAUUUAGCUUGCGUAAGCGGAAAUUUGGAGAUUGUGACAACACUAGUAGAAUGUGGUGCAAAUGUUAAUAUUUCGGACAAAACUGGGUCUACUUCUUUACAUAUUGCAGUAAAGAAUACACAUCGAGAUGCUAUUUUAUUUCUGAUAUCUAAAGGGGCAAACGUUAAUUCAAGAGAUAAUGAUGGUUUUACCGCACUGAUAUUGUGUUGUCGCCAAAAUUACAAGGAUGUCGUUGAGGAAUUGUUGAAGUCUGGGGCUGAUAUUGAUAUAGAAAUAAGCGAAGGAUUAAAUGCUCUGACCACGGCAAUAACGUAUCAUCAUUAUGACAUUUGUGAUACUUUGUCUGAAAAAGGAUCUCAUUUGCAUGAAAGGAAUUUUCGGUAUUUGUUACAAUGUUUUAUGCAUACACAUGACGUUUGUAAGUUUUUGGACAAAUAUGAAAGUACAGUUAAUAAGUACAGAAAUAAAGAGGACCAGUCACUUCUACAUUUGGCAACACUUGACAACAAUAUCUGUUGGAUCAGCAGUCUACUUAAUAAGACAAAGUUAUUAAAAGCACUGGACAACAAAGGACAAACUGCUUUCGUAUACGCGAUAUACAAGGAACUUGGUAGCAUUGUUAAAUUGUUUCUAGAAAGAUGCACGUCUGGAGGGACUAUUACUGCAGAUCUACAAAGAGCAAACGAGAUAGGCCAUUGUUUUUUCAUAGAAAAAUUGUUUAAAAUUGCUAAGCUACAUUUUGGUGAAUUCGAAAUUGUGUUCGAUAGUAGAAAUCAUGACAUUGUACGAAAAUUUAUGAAAAAUAUAACCUGCAGCUCUGCACGUUAUUCUCUUGCAUGUGACAAUUUAAUUACAGAAGCUUUAAAACACGGCAAGUAUUUUGAUAUGUACAAUAUUCUUCUUGCAAAGCUUCCUGAUGAAUAA